CCAUGCUGAGCAGAUUCCCGGGAGCCAUCUCGCAGGACUGGGACACCGUCGUCCUCCACAAGUCGAAGCCCAAGUCGCAGGACCUCCGGGACCCCAAGGCCGUCAACAAGGCCCUCCGCUCCGGCGCCCCCGUCCAAACCGUCAAGAAGUUCGACGCCACCUCCAACAAGAAGGCCUUGUCCUCGGCGCUCCCGCCUGAGCGCCGGAAGCUGGGCAAGGCUGCGGAGUCGGCGGCGCUCGAGAGGGUGCCCGGCGAGGUGCGGCAAGCCAUCCGAGGGGCGCGGGCGGAGAAGAAGAUGAGCCAGGCCGCGACGAAGCAAAUCAACGAGCCCCCAAGGUGGUGCGGGGAGUACGAGAACGGCAAGGCGGUGCCCAACCAGGCCGUGCUCGCCAAGAUGGAGCGGGUCCUCGGUGUCAAGCUCGGGGGCAAGAUCGGAAAGUGA